AUGGGGAGAGCUAUCUCAAAAGCACGAACUCUGAGUCCCCUCCUUCCAUUCUUCGUCUUCGCCGUCCUUGCCUCCCUUGCUGCCUUGGAUUCCACGCAAGCCGCAAGCGCAGAAAAUAACACAUCAAUUCAUGGCACAGACUCAGGCGCAACUCUCACUUCCAAAAACGCCUCAUGUGAGCAGUCCCCGUUCGCCGGCUACGACUGCGUCCUGACUGUGGUCCCCGGUCAGUUCGAAAUCCACUGGGCGCUGGACGGGGAGCUCUUAUACAUCGCGGCGGUGGCGACCACCACCGGCUGGGUUGCGGUCGGUUGGUCGCCCACCGGGCAAAUGGUCGGCUCCAAUGCGGUCAUCGGCCCGGAUCCUAACCCAGUCGGGGGGUUCGAAAUACAAGCUUUUAGGCUCGGGGGAAGAAGCGUCUCCCGGGUGCACCCCAACCCGAACAUCACGGUUUUGUUUGCGAGUUCCGUCACUAUGGAGGGCGUGACCCGGUUGGAGUUUGCCCGGUUGGUGAAUGAAAGUGGCCCGGGGAUCGUGCCGGUAGUGGCGGCGAAGGGGGUGCCCAACCGGAUGCUCUGGGCGGUGUCGCCGGACGGGUCCACCGGGCUGCAAUACCACGGGCCGACCAACAGGAUGCCAUUCUCGGUCGACUUUGUGAGCGGCGCCUCCGCGCGCGCGCUGAUCGAUGACGAAGCCCAUUACCGCCACCUGGCGUCCAAGAUGCGCGCGCACGGCUGGCUCAUGGGCUUCGGUGUGGGCGUACUGCUGCCGCUAGGCGCGCUCGCGAGCAGGUUUGGCAAGAACCGUCUGCCGCACUGGUUCUACCUGCACGCCGUUUGCCAGAUCACGGGUGUCAUCCUGAUGACGAUCGGCGCAAUCAUUGCCUUCAGCUACUUUGACGCGCUCCAGCGCGCGCAGUCGCACGCGCAGGCGAGACAGCAUUCGAUUGGGCUCACAAUCUUCAUCCUGGCCUGGGUCCAGCUGCUGAUCGCCCUGUUCCGCCCGAGCCCGGGCACCAGAAUCCGGCGGAUCUGGUUUUUGUGGCACUGGUUCCUCGGAACCGGAAUCAUCAUCAUGGGCGGGGUUAACGUUUUCCUGGGAAUGGCUCUCUUCCACAAGUACACAGACUACGGAAUACAGGGCGCCCGCGUGGUAUACGCUAUCUUCGUCUCGUUUUACGCCCUCGUAUACCUGGCUUUGGACACCUUCCUAAAGCCUGCGCCCGACGCGGCCGAGCGCGCGCGCAUCCAGCUCAGCACGUUCCCAAACCCUGCCCCGCAGUACCCGGACAGCCGCCCAGACGCGGCCGCGGUCCCGCCCAGCGGCGCGGGUUUCGUGUAA